CGUCCAAUUCCUCAAGCAAUUCUAUUGCAGCGGGCAGGUCAGCGGACUUGGUCUUCACCCCCUUUUUUGGUUUUAACUCUGCUGAGCCAGGAUAUUUUUCAUCAGAAGUGGGACGGGACGGUCGUUGUUCGCCCCAUCGCUGGUCAUUUGUGGGAUGUUAGUGUUAAAUUAAACUCUGAUUUGUCUUGUUUUAUAUCUGAAGUAGCGGCCGCGCUCCUCGGGCGUGUUUUAGUGAAGAAUCUGGGAGUUCCUUUUUUCCGACCAUUUUUUAACCCACUGAUGGAAUGACGAACUGUGGAGAGGAACAACAAAGCAGUUAAAAAGACAAAAUGGAGAACAAAGAUCUUGAGAGCAGUUUUGAGGAAAAACUGACGUUAACAGAAAAAGGUCUCAGCUGUUCUCCUGAAGAGUCAACUCCACGGGUGGAGAAGGAGAAUGUGUCAGAUUCCGAGCCCUUGAAAGCCGAUGACACUACCAUAACAGAUUCCUCUCUGAUCACCGAUCCUCCAUCCAGAACAGAAAAGUCUGCUAAACAAGACCCCAGACCCACCACGCCUGGAACCAGCGUCACCCCUCAGGCGAAAAAAGAUGGGAUGAGCUCAGAGCAGAGGCAGAAGCUGGCAAAGCAGCGGAGGGAGGAGAGGGCCAAAUACAUGGAGCAGCAAAACCUGGAGCAAGCGGUGAAGAAGGCCCAGUGGCUGGAGAAGGAGGAGCGGGCUCGACGUCUGCGCGAGAGUCAGCUGGAGGAGCGCAGGAGGAAACUGGAGGAGCAGCGCCUGAGAGCAGAGAGGCGCAGGGCACUGCUGGAGGAGAAGCAGAGGCAGAAGCUGGAGAAGAACAAGGAGAGAUACGAGUCUGCCAUCAAACGAUCAGCCAAAAAGACCUGGGCCGAGAUCAGACAGCAGAGAUGGUCUUGGGCAGGUGGACUGAACCAAACGUCUCGCAGAGAAAGCAGAUGCUCAGCCUCCACGGUUAACCUGCUGAGGCACAUGGAGCCUGGAAUUAGCAACAGGCUCUCGAGGUCUUCGGCGACCCUCUGGAACUCGCCCAACCGAACUCGCAGCCUGCGCCUGAGCCCAUGGGAGAGUCGCAUCGUGGAGAGGCUGAUGACACCCACAUUGUCUUUCCUGGCCAGGAGCAGAAGCGCAGCCACACUCAUGAACAGCAGCGACCCUCAUCAGUGUUCCCGCUCUCCGUCUACAACUCCGUUGACUGGCUGCUCCCACCAGCGCAGCUCUGACCGCUGGACAGCCAGCACACCAGACAUCGCACAGCGCCAGCGCAGACGCAACUCCACACCGGCUGACAAGAAAAAGAAAGAAAAGAAAGACAAAGAGAGGGAGAAUGAGAAGGAGAAGAACGCUCUAUCGAAGGAGAAGAACACUCUAUCGAAGGAGAAGGUACAGAAGAAGAGGCAGUCACAGUCCAUCUCUAGAACCAAACCAGAGCCCAGCAGUAAUGUUAAACCCAAGAACAGGGUCUCCUCCCCUGCGCCCCUCAGGAGUCGCCCCAUGUCCCCCAACCCUGCAGCAUCCCCCAAUCCCCCAUCCUCCGGAGGCAAGACAACCCCCAGCGCCAAGGCCCGGCCCAAACGGGCCCAGACCCCAGCCCGGGUUCAGGCUCCUGCUGUCAGCACCAUCUCUGUGGAAACCAAGAAACAUCCCAGUCAUUCUGAACAACCGGAGGAGGGAAAAGCUACCGCUAGCGUUCCAGCCAUCACAGUCUCCGCCUCUCCAGCAAUGCCCCCUUCUGACUCUCAGCCAAUCACAGCGGCCCCUUCUACCACUGAGGUCGCGCCACCCAGUCCUACAGCCACUCCUCAGGCCCCUCCCCCUCAUGCCCCUUCCCCUCAGGCCGAGCCCGCCCCUCCUGCAGCCAAGCCGACGGCUGGCACCAGCAACCCCGAGGAGGCUAGCCGGGCACUGGCGGAGAAGCGGCGACAGGCUCGUGAGCAGAGGGAGAAGGAGGAGCAGGAGAGGCUGGAACAGGAGCAGAAAAGCAGAGAGCUGCGUGAGGAGCACGCUCGGCGAGAGGAGGAGGAGAGGAGACGCAGGCAGGAGGAGGCGCAGUUAAUGCUCCAGCAGCAGCGUCUGCAGGAGGAGAGGGAGGCGCAGGAGAGGGCCCGGGCUGAGCAGGAGGAGAGCAUGCGCCUCCAGAGACAGAAAGAAGAAGCGGAGUCAAAGGCUCGCGAGGAGGCGGAGCGACAAAGGAUGGAGAGAGAGAAGCACUUCCAGAAAGAAGAACAGGAGCGACUGGAGAGAAAGAAGCGCCUGGAGGAGAUCAUGAAGAGAACUCGCAAAAGUGACGCUGGAGAGAAGAAGAAUGCCAAGUCUCCAGGCCAGGUCAACGGCAGUGAGGUGAACACAGGUCCUGCCACCCCUCCGAAUCCAUCUGUGACCGGCAAUAGUGUUACUCCAGGUUCAAACCAAUCACAGGGAGAUCUGAAAGUGAGCCCCGACUCCUGGGGUUCUCCCCAAGUGGUGAAUGGAGUGCAGCCCACCAAGCAUCACAACGGCCUGGGCUCCAGUGAGGAGGCUGGCGACUUCGAGGAGAUCAUCCAGCUGUCCAAUCGCAGUGGAGGCAGCAGCAGUGGGCAGAGCCAGUCUCAGACUGGCAUCGCAACCGAGCCAAUCAUGGCUUUUGAGGGAGGGGAGCCGUUCCUGAUGAAAGCAGGGCCUAUGAAGCCGCAUCAUGUGGCAGAAGUCCUGUGAGCAGCCAGCGUCCCGCGAGGCCCGGUUUCACCACGCCGUCUACGCAGAGUGCCGUGUACAGAGCAGCAGGUGCAGUGGCAGCAGAGGUGUGUGUGGAAUGGACCGGGGGAGCUCGUUAACAGCAGGACAUACUCGGGGACACAUGCGUCCCCGAGGAACGGCUGGGCUGAACAUAGACACCUGGACCAGCAUCUUAUUUACAUAAUGUAUUAGAAACAAAAAGGUUCCAAAAACAAGAAAACAAAAAAAAAGUGUUUUUCUGCUUUUCUCACUGAGUAUUACGGUGCAACAGUGUGGAGUUCUAUCAAAUCGUCACCAAGGUUUUGGGAUGCACCUUUAAAAGACUGUAAUGAAUUUUAGCAAGAGCCCUGGAAACAGUAUUUGGUUAUCGAUAUGAUAAAAUAAUUAUUGUUAUUGUUGUUGUUCUUAUUAUUAUAUUACUGUUUUUCUUUUGAGUUCAGAAAACAAGUGUGGAGUCUUGAAUUCCUGAGUUAUUUAACGUGAGACACAUCAGCAAAGAAGGGUGCUGGUUGUGUAAAUGUAUAUUUGCCUGACCUGUGGAAUAAACCUUUAUGAAAAUGGG